AUGGGUCUCAAAAGAACACCCACAGGAUCCAAAAGUGGGGAAGUUGGACAGCGUACACACAACACCGUUGGAUUUAACUGUCAAAUAUGCAGCGAAUGUGAUGAUGAUAGGAUGGUUCUUUGUGAUGAUUGUUCCCUUUGGCAUCACUUCAGCUGCGUGGGUGUUGAUGAAAAUAUCGAGAACUUACCAUGGAGCUGCGAUCAGUGUACGCUGCUCAAGAAGGCAAAGAAAAAGCAAGCGGCUAAGAUCGAUACAAAGAAGAGUGGAAAAUAUGCGACGGAAUCUGGAACGGUAGUUGGUAAGUCACCAAAUAGGCUCGAUUGUGCACCUCCUUUAAGCCAAAGAUCAGCAUCUUCGAGGAAAUCUUCAAGAUCGGUCCUCGAGCUCAAACUGAAAAAAAUUCAAGCUGACCAAGAACUUCUUGCGCAGAAACAAAAACUAAUGGAGCAGGAGUAUGAGGUAUUGGAAGAACUAGCGGAAUUAGAAUCACAAGCCUCAGUGGAUGAAGAACAAAAUGCCAAUUCUAAGGUCGAGGACUGGCUGAAAGAUGUUCCCGAGACUAACCAACUACGAUGUGAAAACACUUCGGAUGAAAGUUCCGAGGAUCAGGAGAACAGCUGUGUGGCACAACAAAGAACAACUUGUGUAGCCCGGAAAAACUUUCAACCAGGUAAACAAUCAACUCCUGUACGGGAUUGCAGCAAGCGUAAGGACAAGCGUAACAUGCAAAGUGAACCCAGCAACCAGCAAGCCUGUAGUCUGGACCAUAAUCAACUCGCAGUUCGUCAGAUUGUAGCCAAGGACCUUCCGGUAUUCUCAGGAAGUCCGGAAGAAUGGCCAAUAUUUUACGCCACCUACGAAAGCACAACCAAAUUAUGCCGCUUCACGAACGAUGAGAAUCUGGUACGGCUUCGCAAUAGCUUAAAGGGAGAUGCCCUAGUCGCCGUUCGCUGUUUUCUCAUACAUCCGUCUACCGUCGACAAAGCCAUGAGCACUCUGAAGCUGAGAUUUGGACAGCCAAUAUACAUCAUCAAAACCUUGAAGGAAAAGGUAGCUUCUUGGCCUCCACUGAAACCUGAUGCUAUGAACAAGCUUAUUGAUUUUGCUCUUUUUGUACAAAACAUAUACGCAACCAUAGAAGCUUGUGGUCAGAAAGAAUAUAAGCGCGACUUUUCUUUAUUAAACGAGUUAAUAGGCAAACUAUCACCGCCACACAAAAUGGAAUGGGCUCGCUACCAGAGAUCUCUGAAGACGGUAAGCUUGUCCGCAUUUAGCGAAUGGAUUUAUGCAUUGGCAGAAGAUGCUUGCUUAGUAAGUGAGCCUCCGUCGAACCAACCAGUUACCAGGUUUAAAGCUUCAAUGCACUUCCACCAAGAAUACGAGUCGGAAGCACAGAGAUCUGAAGGGCCAUCUCAACAACUACAACGUACAAUCCCUGGUAGAAGUUCAGGACCUAGCUAUACCACCAACUGCUUCGCGUGCCAUCGAUCUUCGUGUAGAACAAUAGAGACGUGUAACACAUUUUCACAAUUAUUGUAUGACGAAAAAUGGUCGGCAGUUAAUAGUAACCGAAUAUGCCGGACCUGUCUUCAUCGUCAGCAAGGUAGAUGCAAUAGAGGACCUUGUGGGAAAGACGGGUGUACGAAGAAACACCAUCCUUUGCUGCAUAAAGAUGCCGUCGAUCCUUCUAGGGCAGGAAUUCCUACAGCUUCCUUCAAUGCUCACCAGUCAACAGCUAACGCUACUGGACUAUUUCGUUAUCUGCCCGUCAUCCUGUAUGGAAAAGAAAAGAAAAUUUCAUGUUACGCAUUUUUAGACGAUGGAUCGCAUCUCACUCUGAUGGAGCAGGGGCUAGCUGAUGAACUGGCGUUAGAUGGAAAAUCACAACCAAUAUUUUUACAAUGGACAGCUGGGACCUACAGAUAUGAAGACAAAUCCAAAUCAGUAAAUUUACAUAUAUCCGGCAUACACGGUCCGAAAUUAGAGCUUAAUGAUGUCCGUACUGUAGAAGACUUGCAACUACCCAUUCAAACGUUGGAUGCAGACCAAGUAAGAAAUGAAAAUGAUCAUCUGCGUGACGUUCCGGUUGAAUCUUACAAAAACGUUCGACCACGUUUAUUAAUUGGAAUAAAACACGCAAAUAUUACGUUGGUCAGAAAAAGUCGUGAAGGAAGACCUGAACAACCACUAGCCGUAAAAACUCGCAUUGGGUGGACAGUUUACGGCGGAGGAACGGGCGAUCAAUCGUCGAGCCUGGUUCAUUAUAUCAACCACAUAUGCUCAUGCAAACCAGAGCGUGACGACAAUUUGGAAAGCCUCUUGAAACAAUAUUUUUCUAUCGACAACAUGGGAAUAGUUCCACCAACACCACCACCUCGAUCUACCGAAGACGAACGCGCCUUGAAGCUUUUACAUGAAAAUACGCGUUACGACGGGGAACGAUUCGAAACAUCAUUGUUAUGGCGCGAUGAUAACACUGUGCUACCUGAUAAUAGGGCAGCAGCCCUACAUCGACAUCAACUAUUAAUGCAACGCUUACGACAUAAUCCAGAACUUGCUAAAACACUUGACGAUAAAAUCGAAAAUUAUAUCGCACAAGGUUAUGUUCGAGAGUUAUCUAAAGAGGAGCUCGAAAGGCAACACAAUCGGAUAUGGUAUCUUCCUGUCUUCCCAGUAACUAAUCCAAACAAGCCAGGAAAAGUUAGAUUAGUAUGGGAUGCGGCCGCAGUAACCCGAGGUGUGUCCUUAAAUUCAGUUCUUUUAACCGGACCCGAUCAAGUUGUAUCUCUGAUAUCUGUACUUCAAAAGUUUCGUGAACAUCGCGUGGCGGUUUGCGGUGAUUUGCGUGAAAUGUUCCACCAAGUUCGGAUCAGGGAACGAGAUCAGCAUUGUCAGCGCUUUUUUUGGCAAACAAGAAAUCAGAUAGAACCCAAAGUCUACAUCAUGAAGGUAAUGAUUUUUGGUGCUUGCUGCUCGCCAAGUAGCGCGCAAUUUGUUAAAAACUUGAACGCCGCCAAAUUUUCAACUGCAUUUCCAGAAGCUGCAUCUGUCAUUGUAUAUUGUACAUAUGUGGAUGACAUGCUUUUUAGUGUACCGUCAGAAGACCAAGCUAUUCGAAUAGCCAACCAAGUGAAGGAAAUUCAUAAACAAGGAGGAUUCGACAUCCACAAUUGGACGUCUAAUUCGCUAAACGUUCUACGUUCUAUCGAUGACCAGCAUGACGCAGGAAAAAACUUAGACCUAAAUUCAAAACUCGCCGUAGAAAAAGUUUUAGGUCUAUGGUGGUGUACAAAAUCCGAUAGCUUCACCUUCAAAGUAAACUGGGAGCGCUUGGAUAGAGAUUUACUAAAUGGAGCACGCAAACCGACCAAAAGAGAAGUCCUUAGAAUUCUGAUGACAAUAUACGACCCACUUGGGUUAAUCGCAAACUAUUUGAUGUUCUUGAAAGUACUGUUACAAGAAAUUUGGAGGUCAGGCAUCGAAUGGGACGAACAAAUACUUUCUAAAGAACACGAAAAAUGGCUAACGUGGGUUAAAAUUCUCCCCAGAGUCGAAUCUUUGAAAAUACCACGUUGUUAUCAUACACUCGACGAAGCCAGAGCUGACGUUUCUGUAGAGCUGCACACAUUCGCAGAUGCCAGCGAAAAUGGUAUUGCGGCCGUUGUUUACAUUCGAUACAAACAAGGUGAACAAGUACAGUGUUCUCUUGUGGGUUCUAAAACUCGAGUUUCUCCAUUGGUGUACAUGACGAUUCCGCGCCUGGAGCUGCAAGCAGCAGUGCUCGGUGUAAGAGUAGCAGCAAGUGUACAGAACAGUCUGUCUGUAACUGUAUCACAAAGAGUGUUUUGGUCCGAUUCUAGGAAUACUCUAGCAUGGAUUAGAUCUGACCACCGUAGAUACUCUCCCUUCGUAGCGGCCCGAGUUAGUACAAUUUUGGAAAACUCCGUGGUAUCAGAGUGGCGAUGGGUUCCCACUAAAUUAAACCCCGCGGAUGAUGGUACAAAAUGGAAGCGAGAACCGGAUAUGUGUGACGGAAGCAGAUGGUUUCAAGGCCCUGAAUUUUUAAGAAAAUCGGAGGGAGAAUGGCCUACAACAUCCACAAAAACCAUGAGCACGAACGAAGAACUUAAAGCAUGCCUUCUUAUGCAUUCAGCUUACACUCCUCCAUUACUUGAUGCUAGUGAAUUUGAAAGUUGGAAGCAUCUAGUGAGAGUAACGGGAUAUGUUUUGCGAUUUGCGCACAACUGGAAAAAUAAAACCUUGCUGAUUACAGGCGUACUAGGAAGCGAAGAGUUGAAAAAAGCCGAAGAAUAUCAUAUUCGGUGCGCUCAGAUGCAUUCAUACGAAAGUGAAAUAGCAGCAUUGAAAUCAAAUCCACCAAGAACAAUCCCAAAGAAAAGCCCGCUGUAUAAGCUCUCCCCCUUUGUUGACUCACAGGGAAUACUUCGCGUUCGCGGGAGGACGUCCUGCUGUGAGUACCUGAUCUACGACACUGUUAAUCCUAUUAUCCUGCCUUGGAACCACACAUUAGCCCACAAAAUAGUUGCCUUCUAUCAUAAUAAAUAUCAUCAUCUCCUUAAAGAAACCGUUCUAAAUGAAGUGAAACAACGUUACUACAUCGCAAGACUACGUGGCGUUUUCGAUAAGGUGAAGAAAACUUGUGUAAGAUGCAAAAUCCGUGAAGCCCGCCCACAGCCACCAAUGAUGGCAGACCUACCAAAAGGCAGAUUAUCCGCAUUUACUAAACCGUUUACCCACACCGGCAUAGACUACUUCGGGCCAAUAGAAGUGGCCGUUGGACGAAGAGUUGAAAAGCGUUGGGGUGUUCUUCUGACCUGCCUAACCAUACGGGCUGUGCACCUUGAGCUAGCUUGCUCUUUGAAUACAAGCUCAUGUAUUAUGGCCAUCCGCAACUUCAUAGCUCGUCGUGGAUAUCCAGCAGUAUUCUACAGCGAUAGAGGAACUAAUUUUAUAGGAGCCAACCGAGAACUGCGCGAAGCUAUGCAGUCCGUAGCACAACAUGACUUGGCUCAAGAAUUUAUCACUACGGAAACCAGUUGGAAAUUCAACGUUCCAGGAUCUCCACAUAUGGGAGGGAGCUGGGAAAGGCUAGUGCAGUCGGUCAAACGAGUACUAGCUGAGAUGAAAGUUGCCAGACGCCCAACAGACGAGGAAUUGCGAAACGCUUUAACCGAAAUUGAAGGAAUUUUGAACUCGCGCCCACUGACUCACGUUGCUGUAGACCACGAGUCAGAGCCAGCCUUAACUCCAAACCAUUUUCUUCUAGGUACCUCAAACGGAGUAAAACCACUGACUGCUCUAACUGACGAUCUUAUAACUCUGCGUAGAGGAUGGAUAACGUCUCAAGUCAUAGCGAAUCAGUUUUGGAAACGCUGGUUGAAAUCAUACCUUCCAGAAAUAACAAGAAGAUCGAAGUGGUUUAACGAGGCUAAACCAAUUGAAGUUGGUGACAUCGUAGUGAUUGUGGACCCCGAACUUCCUCGUAACUGCUGGCCCAAGGGACGAGUUAUAAAUACUUCAGCCAGUAAAGGACAGGUGAGAUCAGCGACGGUGAAAACAACCAAAGGCAUCUACAAUAAACCAGCGGUUAAGUUAGCGGUUCUAGACAUCGGGUCUAAUAAUCGUACGUCGGAAUCCACAGCGUCGGAUCCUCCAUACUCGGGGGGGAGUGUGAAGAAGCCCCUCGUCAGUGACGCAUUACAGGUUCAUCAAAAGUGA